CUCUAAAUUACCGAUUUAUAAGAAAACAAUAUCAAAACAGAUUCAUUUUUUUUUUCCAGAAUGUCAAGAAGGUCUGACAAAAUAGUGAAGUUAGCCUUGGCUAAAACCAAUUCAUCUGUGACUUUUUCUGUUAACACUGAUGGUUUUUUAUCUGAAGUAGUGUCUGAAAUCUUUAAUGAUACAAAUUUCCCUGCAGAUAACCCUUACCUGGACUUACCUAAAGUUCACAUCGAAACAGUAGGCAAUUCUCAGAUUGUUAAUAUUGAGAGAGAACAAUUAUUUGAGAACGAUUUAACCCUAGUUAAAAACCUUGACAAUACUUUUCCUGAGCAAAAAGAUUUGCGUGAAACUGACUUGAGCAUAGUAGAAAGUGCUAAUUUUGCUAGUACCGAGAAAUUACACUUAGGCCUACUUGAAGUUGACUUAGGCUUAGUUGUGAGUUCUGAUGUUGCUGUUUCUGAACAAGAAGAGAUAUUGAAAACUAACUUAGACAUAGUAGAAACUGAUAUUGCUAGUACCGAGCAAUUAGGCUUAGGCCUAUUCUUAGUUGUGAAUCCUGAUGUUGCUGUUUCUGAACAAGAAGAGGUACCGAAAACUGACUUAGACACAGUAGAAAGUGCUGAUGUUACUGCUCCCGAGCAAGAAAACCCCGUCCUUACCGAAGUUAGUGAAAAUGGGCCUGUAGACUUUGAUGUUCAGAUUACUAAUAUUACUAAUAAUGUUACACCUAGUCGAAAACGAAAGAAACGCCAUCAAGUUGGUAAUGCUACGUGGAAGAUAAAUAAAUCGAAAGAAGCUAGGAAGACUGGAAAAGAGUACUUAGGUAAGAAAAAAAAUGAUGCAGGACAGUAUGAGUACAACACUAAGAGAGAUGCCAGGAAAAUUAAAGUCCGUUGUAAAUGUAAAAGAAAGGAAAACAGAUUGUUACAGUGUGCGUUAUUAACUGAAAUUGAAAGACAAGAGAACUUUAAUGAAUUUUGGCAACUAGAUUGGGAGGGUAAAAGAUUAUUUGUAAAUUUUUUAAUAAAAAAAACUGAAACUGCAAGAGCCAGAGGAAGGAAAGAAGAUACCAAAAGUAGAAGGAAAUACUCAUGUCAAUAUUACUUAAAAAAAGACGGGGGUAUUAUUAGAGUAUGUUAA